GUCGGGUUUAUGUGUGUUAUAGCGUAACGUUUGUUCUUUGAACUUAAUAUUUAGUAAGGGUGAAGUAUGGUGGUGAAUAGAGGAUGCUGUCGUGCAAAGAAAGAAAUAUAUGGGAGCAGAAGUUUGAAAGGAGUUAGGCUAACGGUCCCCAGAGCGGUCAGAGCAGGACACUCUGUUACCUUGGGGUGCGAUUAUGACUUAGAGGAUGCCCCGCUGUAUUCAGUCAAGUGGUAUCGAGGAACCGACGAGUUUUACAGAUACGUACCAAAAGAAGAGCCGCCUACAAGAGUCUUUCCUCAGGGCGGACUGCAUGUUGACGUUUCAGUUUCGAACGCCAGAAAGGUGACAUUGCUCUCAGUAGCGCGACCACUUUCCGGUGUCUUCCAAUGCGAAGUUUCAGCAGAUGCUCCCCUAUUUCACACAGAAGUAAGAGCAGCUCCCAUGACUGUCGUUGAUCUCCAGAAGAAUAAUAACGGUACUGGUAUCGGUUCCGGUUAUCAUAACUUCAUGAAUAACAUUUCCGGUUUCAAGCGAAGGCCUAUAAACACAAUCGGUUCUUAUUUCGGUUCCAACCCUUGGUACUCGUGUCGAUAA